GUGGCGGCAGCAGCAGUGCCAUGUCGGGGCCGGGGCGGGCGGGGGAGGCGGACCGGACGCUGUUCGUGGGGAACCUGGAGAGCCGCGUGCGGGAGGAGAUCCUCUACGAACUCUUCCUGCAGGCUGGACCGUUAACCAAAGUGACGAUUUGUAAAGAUAAGGAUGGAAAACCUAAGUCUUUUGGAUUUGUCUGCUUUAAGCACAAAGAAUCAGUGCCUUAUGCAAUAGCUUUGCUGAAUGGAAUCCGUUUGUAUGGAAGACCAAUUAAAGUACGGUAUCGGUUUGGGAGUUCACACUCUUCAGAACUAAACAGUCCAACACAUGGUUUUGAGAACUAUGCUGACUUAUAUUCACCUUCAUAUAGGUAUCAAGAGCCUUAUGGAAAUCCUCCAUUUCCUGUUACUCCUUUUCCAAUGAACAAUUGCUUACCUCAGGAACACUCCAUUUUUCAGAAGAUGGUGAGUUUCCAUUUUUUAGAACAGCAGUACGCAGUUCACAGUCCAGUGAGUCAGCAAUUUCCUUACUACCAGAUGACUCUGCCACUGCCUUCAAGCUUAUCCAUUCCUCCCUAUCAGAAUCAAGCUGCAAAUUUUAAGUGUGGGCAGAGUUCUUUUGAGUUGGCUGUGCCACAUUCAAGCGAUGGAAAAGUGUACCAGGUGGAUGAAAGCACGUCUAAAAGAAAGAGGGAACAGCAAAGUUGUGACAGUGACACUAGUACUGAAGAUGACAGAAUGAGACAAAGAGAUCAUGACCAAAAAUACAAUAAGUGCAAAGCCAAGAAAAAAAGGCAUUAAUACUGUAAAAGUGGAUUAUUUUUACUUAUAUUUUCUAUUUUUAUUUGAGAGAAAUUCACUCAUUGUUGCACUUUAUUACAAAAGGAAUGUACAAGACUCAUAUUAAUUUUGAAAGGCAUUGUGCAUAAAUUAUACUGAUACUUUAUUAACCUCAACCAAGUAAAAGAAGAAAGUACGUUAAGGUAUAGGAAAUAUUUUAAAAGAUACAGUUAUCCUAUAGAAGAACGUCGGUAAUUAUGCUUCUGUUUUCCAAGAAUUACAAAAGUCUGUGAGUUUGCUAAUUUAGACACUGUGAAAAUGUAUACUUUGAGCCACUCAUAAAGCAUACGUAUCAUACUUCAAUGACUUGUGGAAUUUACUAUUGUGACUGCUUUAAGAAUUCUCUGGAGCUGCUGAAGAACUGAGCGGACUAGAAAUUGUAAGCGCCCUAUUAAAGAUUUGCUCAUUGCUGAAGUAUCAAUGCCUACAACUUUUCCUCUUUACUGAUCUAUCUCUGCUCUUAUGUUGCAUUAGGAUCAGUGUGUACACUUACUGUAACUUUUCUUUUUUCUAGUAAUAAAUGCAAGGUAAAAAAAAAAGCAUUUGCACUUAACUACAAGGCUUACGUACUGUAUCAGUUCUCAAAGUGAUGUACUUUAUGGUUAUGCUCUGACUAGACCUGCAUACACUGUGGAUCUUUCAAUAUACUCACUGUGGAUCUUUUGAUAAACUUACUCUCCAGUGCUCAA